UUACUGCCCAAACACCCACUGAAACGAAGGUACACAACUGAAGACUGGUCCCUGACAUUAGUGGUUUGAUGUUUUGCAACUUAACAUCAAGUUAGGGCAAAAGACCUUCAAACUAACAAGGGAUAUUCACCAUCUUGCCCCAUGUUCUAAAAAUAUAAGAUGAUCACCCGUUUUGUUAUAAAGCUUUAGUCUUCAAAGUACAGGUAACAACAGCUGUCGAAUAAAGUAAAUGUAUAGUGUAGUGGAAAAGUUCAACAUUUGCAACGGCAGGAUUGUGCAGCAAAAGCAGAAAUACCAUUCAAAUUGUACAUUGGUGCCUCGUUUGAGUGAAUGUACUUAGUCGUCUUCAACCCCUUGCUCCACCGCAUAGUUCUGCAGAUCAUUUUAGAGAACAGCUAAGCUUGAUUGAUGUGUAAUAUAAUAAUUACCACUGUGGAAAAUUUGCCUUGUCAAUGUUUUUUCUCGCAGUCGUGCACAAGCCUUAAAUCAACUCCCAUCCAAUAAGUUAUGUGUCUCCCAUGAUUAUUAUUUAUCUCUAAUAACAUUCAGGCAUUGUCGACAUUCUUCUAGACUUGAUGGUACUUGACUUUCUCCAUCAGGCGCUCAGCUGCCUCGGCUUGAACAUUUGUGUCUAAGUGAGUGAGAACAGAGGGCGGUAGAGGUGUGUUGCCAUAUCGGUUGAUUUCUCAACAGAGCUGUAAGCUUCUUAGCUGGAAACCAGCGUACAGUGGGAAACAAGCUAGUGCAUAACUGGGAGAUAAUGAAAAGUAAGGGGGGUAACAGAGUAGGACGUGAGAGCGUUGUCUAAUAUUGUAACACCUGAGAUGAUGCCUUAUAAUGAACACCUUGCAUGAGCCCCUUGUAGUUGCAGGCCCAUAAUUUACCCUGCUACACAACCUAGAUCUAAUUUUGUCAUUAUUGCUUUAUUGUGGCAAAGAAUCUGUAGACCAGAGCCCUGCAAGUCAAAAAACAGAUUUCUACCCAGCCUGUUGUGCACUGUCUAGGAAGAGGAGUCUGACUGCAGAGAGGAACUCCCUGCUUGGGAAUGCUGCUCUGCUAGCACGGGGACCGAAGGCACCAGAAUGCUGAGGUGAUCAUUUUCAAUGAAGCAUGCGUACCAGAGACGACUUUGCCCCCCCCGCUGUCGUGAUGCCAUAUCUGCAGCUGAGAUCACACAGCAAAUACCACGUUCAUACCAUCGCAUCUGGCAGCGUCUUUCAUGGACUUAGGGUUACACAACACAGAGAGAGAGGCUGUGCCGUAAUUUCUUUGUUCUGAUCAACGUUUUUUUUUUCAAUCCACUGAUGCACAAAUUGAACACAUUCAAUUGUUUGUCAGCAGAUAUUAAAUGUACGACAAGAGCGGUAAUGAUGAGUUGAUUAGUUGCUGGGUGAACAACAAUUUAAUGAGCAGUUAUGUUGAUGAUUGAUUAAUUUCCCAAAGUCAAAUUUAGAGAAAAAUUCCAACUAGAUUGAGAUUCCUGCUUCAUAAAGGUCUGAGAUAGCUGCUUGUGUAUCUUUUACUUUAUUAUGCUCAAUAUCCUUGGUUGAACGAAAAGGGUCAUUUGAGGACAACCCUUUGUCCUCAGGAAGUUGUUGUGGGCAUUUUAUGACCAAAUCAGUAACUGAGAAACUAAUCAGUAAUGAAAAUAAUCCUCAGUUUCAACCUUUAAAGAAAUUAAGACAGAGAUUGAUGACAAAUAUUUGUUUUUUUCCUUCCUAAAGGACUUUAAUGAUCAUUCCUUCUUUUGACAUAUGAAUUAAAUGUUUCAUCAGUUAUCUCAAAUGUCUGGAUCUUUCAAUGUCUAUAGCUAAGCACUGACAUUUGUGGUUCAGUUUGCAGGUUUAAGCCAAAUCAGUUUCCUUUGUUCAUAAUCUUACAUAAAUCCCAGAGGUUUGAUCGCAGCCUGUUGAGAUCAUCUGUUACCAGGUGUCUGUCGAGGGAGAGGUCAAAGAUCAGUGAUGUGUUACAGAGGUGGUUUGGAAUUAAAUCUAAAUUUAGUCUUAAAUCCUAAAGCACCUCUGGCUUCAGAGAGACACUAAGUCAACAUACUGUAGGCCCUGUCUGUUGACAGUUCUCCUAACAUCAUGUACUCACAGCAUUGUAUAAUUUCAGUCGAUUUAAUUCCUCCUUACUAGGUUAAAGCUAGAUAUAUGUAAUACUGAGUCAGACAAUAUCAAUGAUAGUAGUAACUUUAUUUGUAUUGAACCUUUGGUACGCCAAAGUGCUUUACGUUGGAAACAUAAACAAUUAGAACAAAUUGUUAGAAAUGAACGUUUUGAAAAAGAUGGUUGGGUAAAAGCUUCUGGUAAAUUUAUGGUUUAAGGUCUCUUUUAAAUCCGUCCACAGAGGUGGCCUGUUUACAUGAGCAGGGCUUUCCACUGUUUUGGUGCAUUAUUAAUAAAAGCUUUUUUUGUGGAGUGCUUUGGGUACAAAGACCAGCUCAGAGUCAGAGGAUCUCCACGCCUUUGGUGGCUGAUAGCAUAGUGAAAAGACAGAGAUGCAUGACGGUGCUAUGCCAUUAAAAGCCUUGUAGGUAAUUAUUAAUUAAUACUUUUCUCAGGUGGAAGAAGACUGUCUGGGUCAUCCGCCUAACAUGGGGUUGAAAGUGAAUAGUAAAUGGUCUGUAUUUAUAUUGCGGUUUCCCAGUCUUGGCCACUCAAAGCGCUUUGGAGUGUCUGGGUUGGUUGGCUCGGUGUAUAUGUACAGUGCGGUAUCAUCCGCAUAGAAGGGGACCCUCUCAGCUUUGUUUGGCAAAAGGUCACAUUUAGCAGACACAUGAUCCCAGAGACUAGCACACAAUUAUCUUCCUGUAAUUCAAGUUUGAAACCAGAUCAAAACACCUUCAGUGACUCGACCCAGUUGUCAAGGCAGCGAGUUAAAAUGUUGUGAUCAAUGGUGUCAAAAUGCUGCUCUGAAAUCGGAUCUAAAACUUGAUCAGUAUUUCCCAAGGAUACUGUUUUCAUUGAAGAAGAUAUUGAGUUGAUUAAAAAUGAAAAAAAAAACGUUUUAAGGUACUCUGCUAAAACAUGUUAGGUAUGAUAGAGGCCUCUAGUGUUAUCUAAAAUUGAAGUAAAGUUUUCAGUGCAGCAGUCAUAAAUCUAGUGGGAAAAAUAUCGUUUCCAGGAUACCUUGAGAAUAGGAAGGAGCUUGGGUUAGGUUAGGUUAGGGUUUGUUAAAAACAUCUCAAUUUCUGAGGGAUGCUUUGGGUUGUAUCACAGGAGUUAUUUGCUGUAUUAGUAUUGACGCCCUUGUUGACUGUCUUUAAAAAAAGCUUUCAAAUACUUCACAUUUAAAAGCAGAUGCCUGAGUGCGUGUUUUGAAGGACGAUUGAAUUUAAUAGUUUAUCAAUGGUGAAGAAAACCCUAGUGUCCAUUUUCCUCUCUAAUGAUGAAAGAGGUGCUGGUGAUAAAGGCAUUAGCAUUGAACUUUUGUUGAGCCUUUUAUUAAGCAUUCCAUGUUGGGAGCUGGCCCCAAAGCUAAUGGGUAGAUUGUGAUAUUCUGUUAUUCAAUAAUAAAGGGUCAUAUGAGGACCGGUGAUGUACAAGGUUUUGUCCAUAACCUAGAGCUAUUAUUGGAUAUGGUUAAUCGAUAGUUUUAGAACUGUGUUUCAGACCUCGCUGUCUGCUAAACAUAGAUGUUAAAAUCCAAACCAGUUGGGUUAAUCUUUGUUUGGGCCUUGACUGGAUCAACUCCUUUAUCUUCACGACCUCACUUCCUAUCCUUUUCUUCUCUCCUUCUCAUCUUCCUCCCCGCGCACCCCUCUCCUUUCACCUCUACUUUCCACUAGUCCUUUCGUCUUCCUCUUCCCUCCGUCUCUAUACUUCCCUACUCUUCCCAACUUCCUCCCUCUUUCCCCCAUCUUCCCUUAUUGCUUUCUCUUUCGAGGAGCUUGCAUCUGUCGCAGAGCUAGCUGGAGCCGAGGCGUUCCCCCAGAAUCAACCUUUUCUCCCCACUGUGCCUUUCCCCGCUCCCCUUUUGUGUUCUCCACAUUUCACUGUUCGUGUUUGCGUUUGAAACAGCGGGGAGUCCCCCUCAUUAGAAGCAAGCCUCGGAGUCUUUGAGGAUUCACGGGUAUCACUGGCAGGAUGCGUGUCUGCAGAGGCACAGCAAAAGUGGGUGUUUGCCGUGAUUUAAAUUCAUGUGCUGAAUACGGCCCACGUGAUCGAGAAUGUUCUGCCUCUGUUCUUCACAUAAACAGGUCUGACUUGAAUCACCUGCAAGUGUGUGUGUGUGUUUGUGUGUGUGUGUCUGUGUGUGUAUGUGUGUCCUAUUCAGCAGAUGGCCAGACAUCCAGUGUUCUCAAACAGCGAUGAAGCCCCCAUUAACAAGAAGCUCCCUAAAGAGCUUCUUCUUAGAAUAUUCUCCUAUUUAGAUGUGGUAACGCUCUGUAGAUGUGCCCAAGUAUCAAAGGCGUGGAAUGUCCUGGCCCUCGAUGGCAGCAACUGGCAGAAGAUCGACUUGUUCAACUUCCAGACCGACAUCGAGGGGCGGGUGGUGGAGAACAUUUCCAAGCGUUGUGGAGGCUUCCUGAGGCAGCUGAGCCUCAGGGGCUGUCUGAGUGUGGGAGAUGCCUCCUUGAAGACGUUUGCGCAGAACUGCAGGAACAUCGAAGUGUUGAACUUAAACGGCUGCACCAAGAUCACCGACAGCACCUGCCUCAGCCUCAGCAAGUUUUGCUCCAAACUCAAACAACUAGAUCUCACCUCCUGCGUGUCCAUCAGCAACCACUCCCUCAAGGCUGUCAGUGACGGCUGCAGAAUGCUGGAGAUGUUGAACCUGUCGUGGUGUGACCAGAUCACACGUGACGGCAUCGAAGCUCUGGCGAGAGGCUGCAACGGUUUACGAGUGCUGUUCCUCAGAGGCUGCACACAGCUGGAAGAUGGAGCAUUGAAACACCUUCAGAAACACUGCCCAGAACUCACCACUAUCAACAUGCAGUCUUGCACACAAAUAACAGAUGAUGGCCUGGUCAGUCUGUGCCGGGGAUGUCACAAGCUACAGAUUCUCUGUGUGUCUGGCUGCGGUAACAUCACGGACGCCUCCCUCACUGCUCUGGGACUCAACUGUUCCCAACUUAAGAUCCUUGAAGCUGCACGAUGCUCCCAUGUUACUGACGCUGGGUUCACGGUGCUGGCCAGGAAUUGUCACGAGCUGGAAAAAAUGGACUUAGAAGAAUGUAUUUUGGUGACAGAUAACACCCUGGUUCAGCUGUCCAUCCACUGCCCUCGUCUGCAAGCACUGUCCCUCUCCCACUGCGAGCUGAUCACAGAUGAUGGCAUCAGAGCUCUGAGCAGCAGUACCUGUGGCCAAGAGCGCCUCACUGUGGUGGAGCUGGACAACUGCCCCCUCAUCACAGACGUCACCCUGGAGCAUCUGAAGAGCUGCCAUCGUCUGGAGCGCAUUGAGCUCUACGACUGUCAGCAAGUCACCAGGGCUGGCAUCAAACGCAUCCGGUCCCAUCUUCCAGAGAUCAAGGUCCACGCCUACUUUGCUCCAGUGACACCCCCUCCCUCUGUACAUGGAGGUGGCCAGCGUCUGUGCCGCUGCUGCAUCAUCCUCUGACAGUGGAGGGCCAGGGGGGGCCACCUCUGUCUACAGGUCCUGCUGCUCUGAUAUGGGCUGAAAUAGGGUUUGGAGUUCGGGAGGGGGGAGACUGGGAUAGGUGUAGGAGAGAGGAGGGGCUGGACCCACUCAAAGCUCCUGAUCACUGAUCAAUAUGUACAAUGAUCAGCGCUGAUCCCCGAUCAGUUGAACCCACCCCUCCUCUCUCCUCUUGCUCACCAAUCAGCAGCAGUUUUUUUAUGGUGAAAGGCGUCGGGGGAAGGAUCAUGGAUGGAUUGAUGGAGUCUCUCUCUCUCUCUCUCUCUCUCUCUCUCUCUCUCUCUCUCUCUCUCUCUCUCUCGCUGUAAAGACAAAAACAGGCUCUUCACUCCAUCCUGUUCCUCACCCCCCCCUGACUCCCCCGCCUGUGGACGUAAAGGACAGCCUCUGGGCAGCUGGAGAUGGAGGGUAUGAACAGUGGAACUACAAUACAUCAAGUUCAAACUUAAAAAAAAGAAGAAGAUCUAGUCAUCUUGGAAAACCGCUCGCUCUCUGUGGAGUAUCAUCUCAACCAAUCACAUGACACCUCUAUGUGACCAUCCUGUGAUUUAUUCUGCUUUGACCAAUUUACACGCAGCACGGAGGGAGAGGAGAGCUGGGAUAUAAGAAACGCAGAUCAUCUGGAUAUAAACACUUUGGCACCAGCCAGCUCAGCUCUCUGGUUUGGAAGAGAUGGGACGUACAGAUUUCGACAUGUGACAUAUUUGUGCAUCUGAAAUUUGAUUCUGUUUGUACAGAGAAUGUUUUGCAAUUGAAAAAAAAAACAAUUACAUUAAUGGCAACUCACUCAAAAUGGGUUUAGGCCAACAAAGAUUUGUUCUUUUUUUUAGUGCUUAUUGUAAUUGUCUAUGCCUGUCUAUCCAGAGAGGGAGAUAUGUUCUUUUUGAAGUGGAAAAGAAGAAACUGGACCUAUGAUUCACACCCUCAGCGACUUGAAGCGUCAUGUUGACUCUACUGGGAUGAGUGGCCUCUGCUGUGCACUGCGUGGUUAUGUUGGCUCGUAGGCCCUGAUCCAAUCCUGUCAAUAGCCCUGUGCACCUGCUCCUACUUUUAAGCAUUUGUUUACGUCCUGGAUUUAGGUUGGCAUUAGAGACACACCUGUUUACAUCGGUAGGUCUCCAGUCUCCCUACUAUUCAGAGUAAGUUUAGUAACACUGAAAAAAGCUGCGGUGCAUCCACAGUUUUUUAGUGGACUCUGACGUCCGUUAGCCAAAUUUGUUGCUGUGUUUAUUCAGACUUUAAUCAGGACUUAUAUUGUUACAACUUUGCUUCAAAAUGAAAUGGAAAAUCUGCUGUAAGUUGAGAUGAUAGAUAUUAGAGCGUAAACAAAGGCAACUCAACCUUAUGACAAUCACAUGAAUUUACAUAUUUGAAAGAUAAUUUAGUGUAGUUUUGUGUAAUUGGCAUUUGACACUGGACUGGUGAUAAUAUCUUUGUAUUUAAUUGAACAGCAACAAAGACCCACUCAUCUACGAAGCUUGUGUGGCUGCAGGAGUAUGGUGUGUUGUGACAGGAAAGCCCCAGAACCGACUGUUUAUUUUACUAUAUGCAGUCACUCCCUCGGAAUAGCAGGAUCUCAACAUUAUCUUGUUUUGCCACAUGGAGUAACAACGUGUGUGGGGCAUGAAACGCCACCACCCAAAGCACGGAAAAUACAACAAAAACAGACCCAGCUGGAAAAAAAAGAGACUGACAAGCGCUAAAGAGCUGGGGGAGAUUGGCAGGACGAUGGAUUGGACUGAGACAAAGGAGAGCAGAUAUACAGGUGGACAUAGCUGGACAUUUGCUGGCUGUGAUACUAACGCCCUCUCUUUGACAGUUGUUUUAACAGUUUUAUGUUUAAGAAAAUAAAGAGGUAAAUGGAAAAAAAAUAAAGAAAUGAUUUAAUAAAAGUGACUAAUAGUAAAAACGG